UCACCGCUGUCGUCGCCGCCCGUCGCCGCCACACUACAUCCCGCUGCACCACUCUUCGACGCCAAAGGCACGACGCCUGCCGACACGCAACCCCAAGCCGCACGAAAUAUUCCUAUCGCAGACAUCAUCUCUCCCGGACAGUUAUCCUGCACGCGCCAGUCGCCAACUUCGGCAGUCGCGCUCGUACCAUUGUCGCGUCCAGCAUUGUAAAACGCCCGCACCACCAGACGAAAACCUCGACUAGUUGGCUCAAGCGCCCAUCGCGACCGCGCGCGUGAGCGGAGAGAUUAACCUCCUUGCGACCUCGAGCCGCCUCUCCGAAUUGAUGCACGCCAAUUUCCAGCAGCCUCCGCGUCCAUGACUACACUCGUCCACACGCGGCAACCGCUUCAAGUCCUUAGCAUGAGCAAUUCGUCCAAGCGCGGUCGCAGCCAGCGCACUUCCUCAUACGACGAGCAAGAUGGCGAUUUCCAGUUCACAAGGGCGAAGCCCAAGAAGGCGCGCACAGCACAGUCCGCGCCGAUACCUGAGGAGCCAGAGUUUGUGCCCGUGGUAGCCGUUAAGAAGACAACGAGGCCGAGGCAAUCGGCGAAAACGACUGCCAGGGAAGGGCUUCCACCAUCGCCUCCACGGCAGCCAGCACCGCAACGGACGUCGAAACGGAAAUCAGACCAAAUCACACGAGAUGUCGCACCAGCAGAAGAACGACAGCAGUCGCCACCAUCACCACCACCUGUCGCUACGCAGACAAAGAAGUCCCGGCGGAAACCACCGCGAACACUGCCGGCCGAAGACGACGAAGAGGACAGCAGGCCGAAGACGACGAGGCAGUUGACGCGAAGGGGGCCGAAACCAGAAGCCAGGCAGGAGGAGGUACUGGACGAGGAGCACGACGACGUUGAACAAGUCCAUGCAGUAGACAGGGACGCAACACCAGAAGCUACGACGAAAGCAAAAGGAAAGAAAAUUGCGCUACCAUUUGCCGACACGCCAGUCAUAAAUCGGAAUAAAGAGAUGCGGAAACAAACGGGCGGGGGACGACGGAGUAGUCUGGGCAUGCGAGGACGAAGGGCGAGCUCGUUGAUCGAGAACGGCAACAAUGCGAUACCACAUCGUGCGGUAGAGCCGGCGCAGUUCUACAAACACAUCUCAUCCGACGGACUUACGGAGCCGAGGAGGAUGAAGCAGCUUCUCACGUGGUGUGCGGAGCGGGCUCUGGCCGAGAAACCCCCGCUGGGUUCCGCGAACGCGAAUGCUGUCCAUGGUGCCCGCGCGAUACAAGACCAACUCCUAAAGGACUUUGCGUCAAAGUCAGAGUUCUCUGACUGGUUUGCACGAGAAGAGGUCGAGAAGCCGCCUCCCAUUGUCAAACCAAAUCCUCGCAACCUUGAGCAUGACGCGAAGAUUGCAGAGCUCGAGGCGAGGUUACAAAGGUUACGAGCCGAGAAGAAGACGUGGCAGGCCAUCAAGGCUGCGCCGAUAGACCAGUCUCCACUGUUUCCUUCCGCAUCAUCAACGACGGCAGGAGAAGUUGCCACAUCAAAUCGAUCGCAAGCAGUCACAUUACCACUGCCCGAGGCAUCGUUACUGGACGCGGAUGAGUCCAGGAUGCUCGAGGCCCUCGUAGCGCCCACCUCGUCUUCGCAGCCGAUGAGCACGUCGCAGGUCCGGUCACGACUGCAGAUCUUGCAGCAGUCGCUCGAGUUCAAGAUUGACCACCUAGCCGACAGCGUGCACAAGGUCGAGCAACGGGUCAUCACAGCAGGGAGGCAGGCAGACAAGGUCCUCGGCCUGAGCGCCGCGCGGCUGAAGGAGCGCGCGGAGCGGGAGCGAGGCAGCGCUGGGACUAGGGAGAUGCCAGUUAUGGAGGUGCUGAGGAGUCUGGGCCGAAUAUUACCUGAGGGAGGGGGUUGACGAGGAGAGAGAGACAGAGCGGGUUGGUGGGGAAGGGGACGGCGGUAAACAGAAGCGGAGGGCGACGCAGCACCAGCAGCAGCAGCGCGCAUAGCAGCGGAUGAUGACGUUUUACGACCGAAUGAUGAAGACACCCCUUUGAUUUCCACUGCUGCAGUUCUCUGCUUCGUUUUCGUCUCGUGCGUGUGUGUGUGUGUGUGUGUGUGUGUGUGUGUGUGUGUG